UACAAUGUGGCGCUGCAGGAUCCUCCUGCACUCACAGGACGCACCAGAGCUGGUGGAAGUCGGAGCUAAUUGAAUCAAAGUUAGCUUUGUUCUCAUCUUCUCCCCAGUACAGAAGUCAGUCUACAUCCCUGAGUGACAAUGAGAGUCCUCCUCUUAAUCUGCAUGCCAGUUCUGCUGCUUGCCCAGGACCAGUAUCCGGAGCAAUUUCCCUUCCUGGAGGACUAUGGAGUGGAUUAUUUUCCAGAGGGUACAGAUCCUAAUGCUGGAACAUACCAGCAGCAGGUUCAACUUGACCCUGUAGUCCGUCCAGCAAAACCAGAUUUUGAGACGGAGCCCACGGAGCCUGGCCCCCUCGACUGCAGAGAGGAGCAGUACCCAUGCACCAGGCUCUAUUCAGUCCACAAGCCAUGUAAACAAUGUCUCAACAGCCUCUGUUUCUACAGUUUGAGACGGGUGUACGUUAUCAACAAGGAGAUCUGUAUGCGGACUGUGUGUGCACAUGAAGAGCUUCUCCGAGCGGAUCUGUGUCGGGAUCAGUUCGCCCGCUGUGGUGUGUUUGCGCUGGGCGGCCAGUGUGCAUCAGUAGCAGGAAGCUGCGGAAAGAGCUGCGGUGGCUGCUGAUGAUCAGGAACACUACCUGCCCGGACACUGCCACUCCCCGACCACACCCUCCUUCUUCCUUCCCAUUUCUUCUCACCUUGCCUCCUGGCUCUUCCGUACGAUUCAUGACUCUUGUGCGAAAAGCACUUUGUUCUUGUUGUUUGUUGUAUGUCUGCCCAGUAGAUCCUGUAUGUAUGGAUAAAUAGAAAUAACGCUAAUGAUUGCAUAAGUCACUGGUGCUACAAAAAUGUUUAGAGGUGCACAUAAAACCACAGAACCCCCCUUUUCUGUCUCUUUUUAAUGACUUUUUUUGUUUUGCAUAUUGUACCAUAAUAAUCUUGUGCUUGGUGCUUGUUGUGUUACUGUACUUUGAUUGAAAAGCAGUCAUUGCCAUGAUGAUCAACCCAUCAAUGGCCACAGUGCACUGACAUAAGACAAAACUAAUCAACAUCCAAUCAUCAUCAUAUGUGAAGAAGCAGGUGGUGAUUGACCUCAGUUUUUGAGCUACUGCUGCAGAGCAGUGGCAACUACAGCUUUGUAAAGGCAACUCACAAACUGCCUGUGUACUACUGCUUUGUAAAACUGCCAUCAUAAAAACUGAGGGGAAAAAAAUAAACUUUUUUACUACA